AUGAGCUAUAACCAAACAGGUCCAUUGCCACAUGACGACACUACAAAUGAAAGCUUAUCAAUCGGGAAUUUGUUGUUAAAUGAUGUUGAAAAGGAGGAAAAGGAGGAGGAGGAGGAGGAUAAACAUACAGCUAAGAAAGCGAGAUUAACUUCUUCGAGUUCACUUGAUGCAUUGUUUGCAAAUAAGAGGAGUAAAUCAACGAGGAGAAAAAGAACGGGCCAUUGUGUACCAAGUUUUAUCGAUACAAGUAGUACUAGUAACGAUUAUUUUAUAUCCGCAUCUUCUUCAGAUUUGGAAAGUUUACCUGAUUUGACUGAUGAUGAUGAAGGGAAUCCUACGCCUGAAACAACACCUAUAAAGAAAACACCCCACAAAUUCACAUUUUUGGAUACGCCUAAUAGCGAUUUUCAAUUCAAAUGCACCAAACACAAGCAGCUCGUUUCGUCUUCCAACUUGACCCAAUUUGUCUCCCCUGCCAACCCCCCCAAAGUGCAAAAAGCAGAAAAGAAUAGACGCGUUUCUAUAUUUGAAAUCCCCGAAAUUGUCUACAAGAUAAUUUCCUUUGUUGAUGCUCAGAAUACAGUUUCACCACAUGAACCUACACCAAUUCGAAGGACACCAUUGAGUUACAACCAUGCCUUAUUAAUUCAUGGCACAAAGGAAUUAGCCAUAAAGGCGAUGCGUGAGAAUACAUUGCCACCCUCGGUGAAUAGAACGAGAAUGACGACGACGACGACAAACCGUCACCCAUUAUACAACUGUUCACUUGUCAACAAGCUAUUUAAUAAAAUCACCAGUGAAAUAAUACUGAGUAAAUUCUAUUUCCAUAAUGAAACACAAUUUAACAUGUACCUUGCCAACAGGAGACAUGACUUGAUACAACCAAAACAUUUCAACUUACAUAAAUUGCUCCAUUUAAGACAAGUUGUUUUCAACAAGUGCAUAACAACGCUAGAUUUUCAGCAAUUGGAAACAUUUGAAUUGUUUAUGUGUCCCAAAGUUUAUCCGCCAUUACAGAUAUUUCAAGCUCUGGCAGAUAAGCUUUUGAAAAUAGUUAUAACUGGAUCGAAAACGGUUGAUGAUUUAUUUUGUCAUCGAGUAGGACAAUAUUGUCAUAAUUUGGAAGUUGUCGAUCUUAGAGCAUGCGAGUCAAUCACCGAUUCUGGGUUUUAUAGCAUUUUCAAAUCAAACCAUAAUCUCAGGAGUGUUAACAUUGGCAGAAAGAAUAAAGGUCAUUUAAUCACUGAUAACUCGGUACAUGUACUAAUCAACCAGAACAGGAAACUACAUACCUUGGGAUUAGCUGGCUCUUUUAUCAGUGAUAAGAUACUUUGGCAAAUCGCACAAACAUUACCAAAUAUCUCACGUUUAUCAUUGAACAAUUGUCCCAAAUUGACGAAUCUGGGUGUUUCAUCCAUUUUCAAUCGUGCUACUUCAAGCAUGUUUUUCCCACGUUUAUCUGUUUUAGAGUUGUGUUUUAAUUUACAAUUAAUUGAUUUGACUAAAUUGAUUGAAUUCAAAAGAAGUCGUGAAGUGCUAAGCAAGGAGAGUAGAAUUCUACUAUUGCUUGAACUAUGCGAGGAAUUAAUGUACAGGAUGAGAAUACAAGAGUUGGAAAUGGAUAAACUUAUAGCGACCAAGAUUAUGGAUGAUGUUUUGUACUAUGUAAAUAACCACACAAACGAUGGAGAUUUAACAAUUCCCGGGGUAUUAGAACUAAGGAAAAAAAGACGCAGGAAUAAAUUGGUGAUAUAA